CGUCUUCUCUCCUCAUCUCAACCUCGUCUUCCUGGCCGAGACGCUGGACCCGCCUCUCUGAGCCACAGAGGACAAUAUGUCUUUCUUCUCUUCCUCGUCGUCGAACAAUCUCGUGAACAACGCCGCCGCUCCGGCGGAGAAAGAUAUCGAGGUCGCCGACCCCCCGACCGACUCCAUCUCCUCCGUCGCGUUCUCUCCUACUGCGGAUUAUCUUGCAGUAGGCUCUUGGGACAACAAUGUUCGCAUAUAUGAAGUUGGCGCGAACGGGCAGACCCAGGGCAAGGCGAUGUACUCUCACCAAGGGCCUGUUCUGAGCGUAUGCUGGAACAAGGACGGGUCCAAGAUUCUGUCUGGGGGUGCGGAUAAUGCUGGACGCAUGUUCGACGUGACUACAGGCCAGGCCUCCCAGGUCGCGCAGCACGACGCGCCAAUUCGCGUCGUGCGGUGGAUCGAGUCCCCGCAGGGCAGCGUGCUUGCCACUGGCAGUUGGGAUAAAACAGUCAAGUACUGGGACCUGCGUCAACCGGCCCCUGUAUCUACCGUGCAGCUCCCUGAGCGCUGCUAUACCAUGGAUGUCCAAUACCCCCUAAUGGUCGUCGGCACUGCUGAGCGGCACAUCCAAGUGUUCAACCUCGCCAACCCGACUACGCCAUUCAAGACACUUGUUUCGCCACUGAAGUGGCAGACACGCGUAGUCUCCUGCUUCCCUACCGCGAAUGGUUUCGCAGUGGGAAGUAUCGAAGGCCGCGUAGCUAUCCAAUAUGUAGAAGAGAAAGAUGCCUCCAACAACUUCUCCUUCAAGUGCCACCGCAAAGACCAGUCACCGACCUCCAAGGACCAGUCGCUCGUCUACGCCGUAAACGACAUCGGCUUCCACCCCGUACACGGCACCUUCUCGACCUGCGGAUCCGACGGCACCAUCAACUUCUGGGACAAAGACGCGCGCACGCGCCUGAAAUCAUACGCGCCGCCAGCCUUCGAGUCCGCGCCUGGCCCGGUGGCGUGCUCGGCGUUCAACCGCGCGGGCACGAUCUUCGCGUACGCGGUCUCGUACGACUGGUCCAAGGGCCACUCGGGCAUGACGCCCGGCCACCCGAACAAGCUCAUGCUGCACGCGUGCAAGGACGAGGAGGUGAAGCGCAAGCCCUCGAAGCGGUGA